AUGCCCACAAGCAAUUUUCUUUUCAAUUACCUCGCAUCUAACUCAAUUAGCCAGGCAAGCACGAGAAGCAGCAGCAGCAGCAGCAUCAGGAUAUUGGGGUUGCAACCGCAGCCAGCAGGACCUCAAGCAAACAGCCAACUCCAACGCACACUGUCCACACCGAAUAAGGAUUGCAAAAUGGCCGCACUGAGAUGUACUCUAACUUUGCUGUUGGUCACCAUUAUUGUGGCUGCCAUCUUGCUGCAUGGCAGCGAGGCGGCCUACAGGAAGCCACCAUUCAAUGGCAGCAUCUUUGGCAAGCGCAAUGCCUUGGACUACGAUAAUGCCAAGGCAAUGGGCGCUGCUUGCGAGGUGGCCGUGGAGGCGUGUCAGAGCUGGUUUCCACAGAACGACAGCAAAUAGGAGCAAGCCUUGAGAGCGCAUAUUUUGGGACUGAUCUUAAAUUUACGCAUCAUGAAGCACACUAGCUCUAGUAGUCCUAGUUCUAGAUGCUGCAACUGCCUAAUCACAACCACCGACUAAAUCCAACAAAAACAAGAACAACAACAUUAAGCAUGUAUAAAAUGUAUUAGUUAAGUCGUCCAUAUACAUAAACUUACAAAACUUAUAUAGAAUAUACAAAUACUCAAUAAACUUACGAGCAAUG